AGAUGUUGCACAUAACAAUGGCGGCGCUCAUUGACACGAGAAUACUGCUUCGGAAAAUCAAAGACUUGCGUUGCUUGACACCACGAAGGAAUCGCGUGAAAGCUAAAUGGGCAACCACGCAGCCCAAGUACCCCGCUACGAACCUGGCUCUCCAGAACUUCGACUCCACUUACGGUCUUCAGCUGGGAGCGCAGUGGCCAUCGGUCCGCGUCAGCAUGCUCUGCGACCAGAAAUACGGAGCCCUGCUCAACAACUUAUCCAGCCCUGAGGAGGUAGAGGUUGAGCUUCGGGCACAAGGAUGUGUGGACUUUGUCGGUUGCUCUGCCCCGGUCCCGGCGGAUGCGGGUGGAGCUCCGGAGCCAGACAGGCUCCCGGAGGUGACCGGCACUUCUAGUCAGGAUGGCGAGGCCGAACUGGAGACAGGGAGCAGGGCAGCAGGCGAGGUCGCGGCGACUCCUCGACUCAGCCCCAACAUCAGGUGUUUGGUGUAUCCCAAAGGCGAUAUCUCGAGAUUCAAGCCAGCCAGACCCAGAGCGUAUGGUCUGCUGGGCUACUAUCUGCUGGAUGCAGCGUCGGUGCUGCCUGCCCUGGUUCUGGACGUCCAGGAGGGCCACAGUGUUCUGGACCUCUGUGCCGCCCCGGGGGGUAAGGCCCUGGCCCUGCUGCAGACUGGCCUCCUACGCUUCCUCUGCGUUAAUGACGUGUCGUCGUCGCGUACCGCUCGUCUCCGCGCUGUACUCCGCAGCUUCGUCCACAAGGAGCUUCUCACUGACGACAGGGUGCGCAUCACUUCCUUUGACGGCAGGAAGUGGGAGGAGUUUGAGAGAAACUUCUUUGACAGAGUUCUAGUGGACGUUCCGUGCACCACAGACAGACACUCUCUCAUCGAGGAGGAGAACAACAUCUUCAAGAGGGCGAGAACCAAGGAGAGGCAGCGUCUUCCUCAGGUCCAGGUGGAGCUCUUGCUGUCUGGUAUCCAGGCAGCGCGUCCUGGGGGGGAGGUGGUGUACUCCACCUGCUCCCUGUCCCAGCUCCAGAACCAGUACGUGGUGGAGCAGGCCCUCCUGCAGGCCCGGGAGGAGCACGGCGUGGCCCUGGAGGUGGUCGACCUCCGACCUCUCACCCACCUGUUCAGGGACACUUUCCACUUUGCCCCCGACACUAACCUGGGCGAGUUGGUCCUGCCACACCUGUCGGCCAACUUUGGACCCAUCUACCUGUGCAAGCUGCGGAGGCUCAACUAGGACUGGACUAUGGUAGGACUGGAGCAGAGCAGAGAUCAGACCGGUCUGGACUCGUCUAAACUCGCUAGCACUGGACUGGCCCUGAACUGGACUACCUAAAGCCUUUGUAAAAUAUGUAUUAUCGUAUAUUAAUGUAUUAUGACCAACCGCAAAAAAUAAAGCAUCAUUUAGUGUCA